AUGAAAGACGAGUCGUCCCGAGAAAACUCGGAGGAACUCGAUGCCCUCCUCUAUUCUUCGGAUGACGAUUACUCGGACGAUGAUGUGACGAGCACGGGCCAUUCACCGAGCGCCUUAACAGACGAGGUCCCACACGAUCCCCCGGCCGAGGAAAAAACGGGUGAGAGCUUUGUGGGGCCCACCGCAGCCAAACGCAGGAGAACAGGGCCCGUGCUGCUGGAGGAGGAUGAAGCAGAGUCUUGUACUGGGCCCCGCAAAAGGUCGAGAAGAGAGAAGGUUCAGAUAGCACUCGGGGCUUUGAGGAGCGUGGUCCCUGGCGCAAGAGGUAAAAACGGGAUUUCGGUUAUUGAUGAGGCUAUUGAGUAUUUGAGCUCGCCUCCUUUCGCCUACAACCUCGGUCAACAGAAAAUCCCCACACCUCCGCAGAAGAGAUUCCUCGUUUUCGACCGAUCGGGCGAGAAAACCACUCUUUUCUACACUCGACCUUCUUCUUGGGUUCCUCCGAACAAUCUCAAGACUUACCAAGAAAACAACACGGUGGAUAAUAAUAUCCCGAGAGGUCUAACGAAAGAAGACGAGUCGUCCCGAGAAAACUCGGAGGAACUCGAUGCCCUCCUCUAUUCUUCGGAUGACGAUUACUCGGACGAUGAUGUGACGAGCACGGGCCAUUCACCGAGUGCCUUAACAGACGAGGUCCCACACGAUCCCCCGGCCGAGGAAAAAACGGGUGAGAGCUUUCUGGGGCCCACCGCAGCCAAACGCAGGAGAACAGGGCCCGUGCUGCUGGAGGAGGAUGAAGCAGAGUCUUGUAGUGGGCCCCGCAAAAGGUCGAGAAGAGAGAAGGUUCAGAUAGCACUCGGGGCUUUGAGGAGCGUGGUGCCUGGCGCAAGAGGUAAAAACGGAAUUUCAGUUAUUGACGAGGCUAUUGAGUAUUUGAGGUCUUUGAAGGUUGAAAUGAAGGCUCUAGGGCUCGAUGCUCUUUGA